AUUCGGACACGCAUUCGCGCUUGUAGCCCCACCAAAAGCUCCCUACUGGUGCAGCGACUCUGACAGCUCAGCACGGAACAGUUCCCAAAUCUCAGUGGCGGUGAGUCCGGGUUGGUUGAUACCACUGAAGAACGAACUGAGAAGAGCAGCCUGAAAAGUUGGAUCCCAGAACCAAAGCUCAUAAAAUUAAUCGCAUCAGCUAAAGUUGAAACGAACCCGCAAAGCCCAGCAUCAAAGAAUAGCUAUCUAAGCAUUCAUUCAAAUUUUUUAAGAAUUAAAAAGCGACCAUGAGCAACCUUCUUCCUCUGUUGAGCAACUUGGGCCGCAAGGACCAACUAAAAACUAAAGAUGUCAUGAUUGAUGCUACCAAUAUGACAGCUCGAUCAGGCAAGUCCCGCAUCUCGGGUAGCUCAGGAGCUCGCUUUGGUCGCAGCAAGACCACUCCAGUGGAACCUAGCAGUAGACGCGCUGUUAGGCAUGCUGGUGCUGGUGCUGCCAGUGGUGGUGACAAUGAGAAGCUCAGGCGAACGGGUACAUCUGCUUCAACUGGUUCCAGCCGCAGCCGCGUCAAGAGAUCCGACCGUACCGGUACCGUCCGUAGUGGUACCACUAGUAACCAAAAGGUACGACGCAGCAAAUCGACUGGUCAAGACGAUCAGCAAGUUGCUGUUGCCCCAGUAGGCAUCAGACGGUUGGGAACUGGAUGCAUCAAGCAACCUGCUCCGACUGCUGCAUAACUAAGCCUGCACACUCUUUCUGGCAAGCAAAAACAAAUUCUUUCUUGUUUUUAGACCGACCCUAUUUCUUGGGGACACUGGCGUCUUUUUAUUAGAGCUUUUAAAAAAACUUCCAUGCUUCUGCUGUAAAUUAAAUCUUCCAUUCUAACCUAACUUGACUACUGGAAUCGAAUCAUCGGGUUAAAAUAAUUAUUAGCAUAGAUUGAUCAGAUACUAGCACUAGCUAGCUCUGAGUGGCAGAGGAGAUAGGUGGGUAGCGUUG